GUUUCCGGUAGCAGCCGAGAGCAUUUAGUGUGUGGCAAAAUUCGUGGAUACUGGAGCAGCAUGGAUAUUCGACCGAAUCACACGAUUUACAUCAAUAAUGUGAAUGACAAAAUUAAAAAAGAAGAACUGAAGCGAUCGCUCUAUGCUCUGUUCUCUCAGUUUGGUCAAGUCCUGGACAUUGUAGCUCUGAAGACCAUGAAGAUGAGGGGGCAGGCGUUUGUAGUGUUUAAAGAGCUGGCAUCUGCCACCAAUGCACUCAGACAACUACAGGGAUUCCCUUUCUACAACAAGCCUAUGCGGAUCCAGUACGCUAAGACCGACUCGGACGUCAUCGCCAAAGUGAAAGGCACUUACGGAGACAAAGAAAAGAAAAAGGACAAGAAGAAGAAAGCUCAAGAUCAGGCGGCAAACGCCGCCAAGAAACCCGCCGGUGCGGUAACCACCCAGCCCAGUGCUCCAGCUGUAACACAGGUUCCUGACAAUCCACCUAAUUACAUUCUGUUCCUCAACAACCUGCCUGAGGAAACCAAUGAGAUGAUGCUAUCGAUGUUGUUCAACCAGUUCCCUGGAUUUAAGGAGGUACGGCUGGUUCCCGGUAAACACGAUAUCGCCUUUGUGGAGUUUGAGAGCGAGGCACAGGCGGGCGUUGCCAAGGAUGCACUACAAGGGUUCCGUAUCACUGCCACGUGUGCCAUGAAGAUCACUUAUGCCAAGAAGUGACACAGGAGAGAGAACAAAACACACACACACACACUCCUCCCACACGAGGGGGACAUUUCGGACUGGAAAAUGGGAGCCACUCAGUGGGUCCGACCCUUUUUUGUUUCAAUUUUUUUUUUUUCUUUUGUUUUUAAAUGCAUUUUCUAUUGCUGUACAGACUGUCGGAUAUUUGAGUAUCUUUUGUUCAUAUUUGGUUUAGGAAAUGAGAAAAUGAAGAGACAGACACUCUGGCAUUGAACUUUAUUUUGUGUGUUAGAGUAAUAAAGAACUUUUCUGACAAA